AGCAGUAAAGUAAUAUAUUAACCUCAGGUUCUCUUGCACAAUUCAUCCAUCAUGAUUGGUGAAAUUUUACAGAUUAUCAGUUACAAGUUACCAUUGGUAAUAAAUAUCUUUGAUUAGCAAUAAUAAGUUUGAGGAUGAAAGAAAAUAAGAAAGUUUUGAAAAUAAAUUUUACAUUGUAUAAAUUAUUUGAUGAUAUUAUGCGACAAAAGAUUACGAAAUUGUAAAACAGGAAUUUAUAAUAUACAACUUCUAGUUUAAAUUAUAUUAUUGAUUGAGAAAUUGUCGUGCAAGAUAGUAUCUGUGAAUAAUAAAACUACCGUGCCUUUCGAAAUAACGGGUCUUAAACUUCACAUUUUUGCAGUUAUUGAAAGUGUGCACGAACAAUUUUUGACAGAAUUAUUCCUGACCUUUACUAAGAUGUAUAGUUAUAUACAUCUAUUUAUUUUCAUCACAUUACCAGUUAUAAUCCUCUGUCUACUAUCUUCUAAUAUUGACAUAAAAUUUGUCUGUUUACAAAUUCACUGUUUACAUUUUGUCUAGAAGCUAUUUGAGUCAAAGCUGAAUCUUUGUAUAACAAAGAAAUUCAUUUUUCAUUCAUUGUAGUUUAUUGUAGUUUUGUUUUUCUAUAACUGGGUUGUAUAGUGUAUUUAAGGUUUUAUUUUUCAGUUGUUAAUAUUUAAAAGUCCUGAAAUUCAAUACACCUCGCAUAAGUGAGUAUACAUCAUACAUAAUAAGAAAGAUACACGAUUUAAUACACAUUGAAAAGGGCAAAUAACACGUCAUAGCUUCACCAUCAAAUAGUAGAUACAUUAUAUCAUCUGUCUUCUUUAUUAAUAACUAUUCUUUGUAUCUUGUAGUACAGGUCCGUCAUAGAACACUAGAUGACAUAAUUUGGUAAAGUUCUAGCCAGUAUACUUCAUUCUGCAAUUUUAUUGAGCCAUUUAAGACUCAGACUAAAUAACCACUAAAAUUAACCGCUUAGGUUUCUGAAUAGUCAGAGUAAUAAAUAAAACGUACGAUGUGAUAUUAAAAUCAAAGAAUUAUCAAAAUGCACGUAGAAACAACUAAUUUGACUUCUCAAUGAUUGAAUACAUUCUUAAGUAUAACUCACUCUUGAACAUCUUUUCUCUCUUUUUCUUUCAGUUUCACAAUUCAUGUUUUAUUACUCAUAAAACUUAUCGAUUGUAUCGACGCGUAACUAAAAAUUGAAGAAUUAUGGUCGAGCGUAUUACAUUCGGAAUCAGCAGGUGAUAAGGUCUUCAUACAAGGAUAUAUAAACUAUGACGCUUAAUGAAUUACGAUGAUAUUAAGUUCUUCAUCUUCGUUCUCUCUCUAUGCCUCGUUGUCCUACACUUUAUCAAGGAUAACACUUGAAUCCUGUUAAAUCUUCUUCUAUCAGUGAUCAGCAAUGAUCCUUUCAGACACGGAUCUUCAACGAAGAUGGAUAAUUAUAGAGGGUCAUCGAGUUCGUGAUAGGCAUAAAAUUCCUACACUCGAAUGACUAGUUUAUUGGAGAUGCGCUUGUCAUGACUAUACAUGGCAAUAAAAUAGAGAAAGAGGUAAUUGGAAAAUCGAACUUUCAAGGAAUGGUAGACUUAGUCAUUGAUGCAAUUUUGAGAUAGACACCUGCUUCCAAGAAGACAAUUUGUAACGAAGGUUAAGAAAAUUUUUAGAGAUAAAGGUGAAUUCUUCGAUAUUUCUGUUACUGUUCGAUUAUAUUAAUUGAUGAAUUCUGGGGAUUUAGAUAGUCAGUUUCCUUUUGGGCUUCCAUUGUUCUUAUUUUGUAUGAAAUUAUAUAUAGGAGUUACAACAAGCGGAAUUUUUCAAUUCUGAAAGUAGAAUUCGCAACAAGCAUUUUGAUUGGAAAGGAGAUUCUUAAAAGGUCAGGCGCGUGGUAUAAUCCCGCGUUACCUUUCUUUUGGGUUUCUAUUGUUUUGAAACUGCAGAUAAUUAUAUUAGAGAUAUAUAGAAUUGGACCAGGUGAAAAUUGUAUUUCUGAAAAUAGAAUCUCCAUGCAUAGUUUCAAUUGGAAAAAAAAUUCUGAAAAUAUCAGAAAUACGAAACUUCUGGCUUUUUGAUAAAAUAUAUAUUACCAGAAGAAAAACAAGCUUUUAUUCAUAUAUUCUAUAAAAGGUUAUUUAAAUUUUCGAAAACACAAAUUCCUCGAAAUCUAUUAAAUUUUUACUACAAUUACGUACUCGUGUAAUCACAAAAAUUUCUAUAAAUCUGCAAGUUAGGUCUUUCGACUAUUCCACUACUUCUAAUAUUAAAUUAUAAACUAUCUCAGUUAUCGUGCAUUACGAAACAUUUCUCCUUCCUUCCAAAAGCGAAUUAAACGGAUAAACCACGUUCUUCCUACAAUUACAAAACAUCUCAACAAUGUCUUUUAACUAUCUCAUCCAAUAUCAAAUCUCGUAAGCAGCUGAGUACAUUUACCUUUUACGUUUCUUUCAAACAACACUGAAACAAUCUUCAUCGAUCCGUAAAAGUGCACCUGGCCGUUAAUACGAUUUUACGACGCAUAUUCGUGCACGUUUAUACGUUUCAUUCACUUAAAAUGUACAGUUGAACUUAUGUGUCUCGGCCAUGCAUCAUCAUCGUUCAUCUCGCAGCCGACUAAGGAUAACGUUUGAUGUGGGUUUUCCCACUGGAUGCUCGCUACCACGAUAAUGUCAACUCUAAUCUUCAAUGACGCGAGCAAAAGCAUUUUAUAGUGUCGUGAAAUACCCGCAGACAGAUCGAUACCUAACGCUAUGUGCGUGUAACAAUACAUUAGUAUCUUCGUUUUUCUCUCGCCAGUGGAGGAACGACGUAUCUGUUAAAUAAUACCAAAAUUAGCGUCGUUGCUUUCUUAAUCGCUUAAUGAUGAUAAUGGAUAGUGACGUUGUUGUAUCGUAAUUAUUGCUACGUCUUGAAAAUUAAUGAUUGAUGUUGAACAAGUUAGGGUAGAGCAAAUAUCGGAUGUAAAGAAAAUUAUUAAUAAAUUUUCAUCUUGUUCGUUAAUUUUUCGAUUUGGUAAUAGAUAAGAUGGGAAUCGUACUGACAUUGAUAUUCUAAUAAAUCGAAAUGAAGACUGCGCUUAUAUUCCUGUGUCUCACGGCCACUUGCUUUGGUCAACUAAUCUAUCCAGACGAUAAAUUGCUCGCGUCUACAACCGUUCCUUCGUCCAUUUUUCCAAAUAUCCCUCAAAAUGUACAGUCACAAGAUUCUGUGAAGAGCACAAUCAAUUCCUAUCAAGUAAAUUCACAAUUACCACGAACUUCACCGCCAAUACUUGGACUCGGUGCACCGCGAAGAACAAAGGCAUCAUAUCCAACUACGGCCUAUCCGGCUGUUACCGAAAAUACGUUGCAAGACUGGGGCGAUCAUGUGAACAAUAUCAUCGCUAAUGGAGUACUAAAAUUCGGUCUGGACGUAGAACAAGAGAUUCACAGAACUCGAGGCGUAUCCUUGAUCGAGCAACGGGACAAUAUAGUUUUGUCGCCAACUAGCCUUGCCGCAAUAUUGGCAAUCGUUCUUGCAGGUUCUGCGGGUAGGACUUUCGAUGAAGCGUCCAAGGUUCUUGGAUUAGAGGCCGGGAUUGAUAUCUCACAAAAUUCUGAGGUUGUUCACCAGAUGUUUGGUGUGCUUUUGUCUCAACUUCAAAGUAAAGAAUCUGCUGGGAUACUUCUACCGCAAUUGAAUUUCGCCACAGCGGCAUACGUGCAGGAUGGAUUUCCAAUACUGCCGCAAUUCAAGUUACUUAGCAAAGAGAUUUAUCAAACCGAUAUAUUCAACGUGGAUUUUGCUAGAAAUGGAAAAGGGGCAGAGGAGAUGAUAAACAUGUGGGUGCGGCAGAAGACGAAAGGCAAAAUUACAAGUAUUCUAAACCACGCGCCGGGGUCAGGAACAGCAAUGAUUCUUUUAUCAGCGCUCUACUUUAAUGGAGAAUGGGACCAAUACUUUUUGGAUGGAGCUACGAAAAGGAGACCAUUCUUCAUUGAGCCAAACGAGACAGUUAAUGUCAACAUGAUGUACAAUGGAGGAACGUUUCCGUUCUACUUAGACAAGAAAUUGGGCGCGAAGAUCAUUGGUUUUCCAUACAAGGGUCGCGAACUCUCGAUGUACGUUUUGCUUCCAACAGCUCCAGGAGCAAAAGCUCUCCGAGAAUUCAAGAACAAACUAACAGUUGACAUAAUCGAGAAUUUAAUUAAGAAUGCAAAGAACGAAACAUGUAUCGUCGGUUUUCCACGAAUGAAGUUAAGCACCAGCCUAAGUUUAAGGCCUACGCUCGCUGCUUUGGGUCUCGAGUCUUUAUUCGAUCCAGUAACAGCAGAUUUGAGCCUCAUAUCUCAACCCAAUGCCGUAACCAAUAUGAACGGCAGAAACCAGACGAACGUGAGGCCAUCAGAAUCACGGCCGAAAUCAAAUCCUACCAUAACUACUUCACAGAAUGGUAACGAAAAAAGACCACAGAAUCAAAUAUACAACGACAAGAUAUACUUCCCCUCUCGUUUCUAUCCUUCCUCAGGAUCGAGAAACCAAGGUCAAACGGGUCGUAUGGUAAAACGAAAUUACUUUACAUACGAGGACAAAAUUCGUGGUUAUAACGUGGAACAAUGGGCGAAUGGGUUUUCCCUCAGAAAGACUCGUGAUAUUCGUGACAUUAAAGGAAAGAAAGAUAGGAGCUCGUAUACAGUGGAGGGCAGAUCCAAAGAAUAUCACGAUAAUACAAAGAUUGUAAAUCUCGAAGAAAACAAGUAUCGUUUCGAAGAACAAACAGGAAGAAAUAGAAGGCAAACCAGACCAAUUGAUCAAAACUUCCUGGACUUUGUGAGACAUCAGAAUCUUCCAUCAUACGGGCUGGACAGUCUUAGAAAUAGCGCAAAUCUGGUCAACCCACAUCUCUUCGCUACAGAUGUUCUUCAAAAGGUAGAAAUAGAUAUCACAGAAAAAGGUACCGAAGCCGCAGCCGUGACUGGCGUUGUAUUGGAGCGUGAUGGAAGUCAGAAGAGGUUCAUUGCGAAUCGACCCUUCAUCUUCUUCAUCAGACACGACCCAUCGAAGCUCGUGCUCUUCUGGGGCACGAUAAACGUUCCAACGCCAAAUUAUCCGACUACGUAAUCUGAAACACAAGUCUUCCUUAGAAUAUGACGAUGAAGACAACUAUCGAAGAAAGUAAUCACGUUGAACAAUUACUAACAUUCUUUCUUCCAAUUGGUAUUAUGUAUCACAGUUUAUCUUCGCAGUAACGACCGUACAUAAAUUCAUUUCUUCGUGAAUAGUACUCGUCAUGCGGGUGAUUAUCAUCCUCGAAUGAGUAAUUUCGUUUGAAGGAUCGAUAAAAGAAACCGGUUUAGCCGAAGGAAACGGUUUUUCCUUUGCACGCAACAAGUUGAUACAAAUAUUCACGCGCUAUUUAUUUAUACGAUUCUUUCCUUGAAUCUCCGCCUUCGUAGGUUAGAGUUAUACGCGUAAUUAUGAAAAUAAUCAAAUUGAAAACUAUAUUUAUAGAUGCUAUAUCUGUAUUUCCUACCUGUAAUGGAACAGUAUUUUCUCAGAAUUUAAUAUUAUAUUAUUUUACCUCCGACUACUAUUUGACGUUAUAUUAAAUGGUAUAUUGUUAGCGUAGGAUUAAGUUAUUGAGAGAUUUUAUGAAAUCAUAUUGAAUAAAUGUCUGCGUUUCUUUUUUUCAA